GGGCACCACCAGAUAUCCUCCUGGCUCCUGCUAUUAUUGCCUUUCGUUUAUUGGUUAACCUUUGGCAUCCAACCGUCGCAGAAGAAUCAAGCCAGUCAUGGCCUCGCUUCUUCAACCUUCUUUUCUACUCUCCCCUUCUUCAACAUCUUCAUCAUCUUCUUCUUCGUAUGCACUUGUUCAUAGUGUCCAAUCUUUGAAACUGCACAGAUGGAGGAAUUCUCCUCCCAAGAGAACGCGCUUUCGGAAAUUUGUUGCCAACAAAGACGUCUCUGUUUUGGACCCUCCACCGUGGUCUGCAGAAUUUGGAGACCCUUCUUUGAAGUUCAAAUUACUGAGUGCUGUUUCUGGGCUAAACAGAGGUCUUGCUGCAAAUGAAGAUGAUCUGAAGAAGGCAGAUGCAGCUGCCAAGGAACUUGAAGCUGCUGGAGGACCCGUGGACCUCUCAAUCAACCUUGAUAAACUGCAAGGGAGAUGGAAAUUGAUAUAUAGCAGUGCGUUCUCAUCUCGCACUCUAGGUGGCAGCCGUCCUGGGCCUCCCACCAGGAGGCUACUUCCCAUUACUCUUGGUCAGGUAUUUCAACGUAUUGACAUCUUAAGCAAAGACUUCGAUAAUAUAGUUGAGCUUCAACUGGGUACUCCAUGGCCUUUUCCACCUGUGGAUGCAACAGUGACAUUAGCUCAUAAAUUUGAAAUUAUAGGAUCUGCGAAGGUUAAAAUAGUAUUUGAGAAAACAACUGUUAAGACAACUGGGAACUUAUCACAGCUACCGCCAUUGGAGAUACCUAGGCUUCCAGAUGCAUUGAGGCGUCCAUCAAACACUGGAAGUGGUGAAUUUGAAGUUACCUAUGUGGACGCAUGUACUCGAAUCACCAGAGGAGAUAGGGAUGAGCUUAGAGUUUUUGUGAUCGCAUAAACUCUUUAGCCAAGUGCAUUUUUUGUACCAUGUGUUGAAAUUCAAGCUUAACAACUAACAAUAAUGGCUAAAGCUCUCAUAAUUUUGUUU